AUGGAGCCCCAGCUGGCAGCCAAAGCUGCUGGCAUCGCCCCGCGCAGGCAGGCCCAUCACCCUCCAACCCUGCAGAUGGUCAAGGAGGCACUGCAGGCUCUUGAUGAGAAGAAGGGUGCCUCUGCCGUUGCCAUCAGGCGUUUCAUCUUGGCCAAGUACCCCACUGUGGACUCCAUCCGCCUCAAGUACCUGCUGAAGCGGGCGCUGAGCAAGGGGCUGAGCUGCGGGGACCUGGUGCGGCACAACUUGUCUUCUGUGGGGGCCACUGGCACCUUCAAGUUAGCAUGCAGGAAAUCAGGGCAGAAGCAGCAGCUGGGCCGGGCAGAUCCCGACAGAGGACAGGCCCCGAAUCCAGGGCAGAAGGGGACCGCCAAGGAGCCCCAGGCGCCCGUGGCAGGAGCACGAGGUGCCGCCAGGACGCAGCCGAAGGCGAAGCCCGUGAACGCCCAGCCACGAGCAGCAGAGAAGCCCAGGAGCGGCAGAGUGAAGCACCCCCAAACUGCUGACCAGCCCCGGGCUCAUGGCCCAGGGCCUUCAGGGGCCCCAAAAGCUGCUGGCCACCGCCAGGCCCCCCGAAAAGGACGCUCAGGACCCAGCACGGCUCGGGCUGCUGAGAGCGCAGGAGGGAGCGAUAGCGACAGUUCUGCAAGUGCAGGGGUGAAGGGGCCCCAGAAGGUCCCCAGGGGAAAGAGCAGGGUGAAGGUGCCCAAGGGGGCACAGCAGGAUGCCCCCAAGGCACAGGGAGGUCAAGGUCAGGCGAAGAAGCCCCGGGUGACUCCAGGAGCUGGGCAGGGGAAGGUCAGGAUGAAGAAGGCAGCCUCUGUGGCAGCAGACAAAAAGGCUCCAUAG